AUGUCUGAGACAGAAAACAAGGAAAACGUCCCCGCUGAGGGCGCAGAGCAGGCGGCUGAGGGUGAAGAGCAGCAGAAACAAGGUUCUUCGUGGUAUUCCAAACCCGAGGAAAUGGGCACCAAUGCCGGCGACAAAAUCCAAGGUGCUCUUUCGCCAGUCGGCAAAUAUGCUGGCAAGGGUUUCGAGACGGUCGGAAGACCGGUUGGUGGUCUCGUCGAACCGUUGGUUGGAGGCGUCAUGAAGUCUGGCAAAGGCUGGGGAGACCAAGUGGGCGUCGGGUUUGGCAAUGAAGGCGGUGGCCCGGCCAAGCAACAAGAGGAGGAAGGACGAAAAAUGAAAGAAGAGAUAGGCGGCAAAGAGCAGAACGCAGAGAAUCCGCUGGGAUUGUGA